AUGAAGCAACAAUAUUUGGCAAUUUUCAAUGCAAACCUUGAAGAAAAGAAGAAAAGAAAGGUCCAAGAAGAAGCAAAUAUGAGAGAACAAAUUGAAAAACAUUUCCAUGAAAAUGCUGAAAGAAAUCCACAAUUAGCAUCGUAUUACAAGAAAAAACUGAAAGAAAAAGAACGUGAAGUUGAAGAAUUAAACAAAAGGCUGAAGAGAAUGAUUCUUCACCAGAACAGAGAGUCACAAGCUGAAAAGAAUUUCCUGCAAGAAAAAACUCAACUCAUUGGAGAAUUGACUCAAUUAAGACGUCAGCUUCCAACAGUCAUUCCAAACGAUGACUUUUACAAUCCAUCUAGCCAAACUGCUCUUCAACAACGCAAUUUGCAACUCGAAGAAAAACUUCGUGACUAUGAAAAUCUUCAAGUUCUUUCCAAAUCCCAAACGGAAAAACAGCUUAGCAUGGAAGAAAAAUUGUCACGAGUGGAGCAAAUCGAAGAUGCAAUUAUUAAAUUAUAUCUCGAGUUGAAAGAUAGAAGCUAUGAAGUUGUGGGAAAUGUGGAGGACAUCAAAGAAAUCGAAAUGAGAGAAAAAGAGGAGCUGAAGAAAGAAAAUCCCUUAGUAAUACUGGACCGAUUGAAAGCAAAUCUUCGAACAUUACUAGUUUUUAAAGAUGACUACGAAAACGAGCUUAAAGAUCAGAUACGACGAAGGAAAACUGAAGCGGAAUAUAAGGUAGAAGAAUUGAAAAUCAAAAUUGAACAACUGGAAAAAGAAAAAGAGGAAUAUAAACAAGCAGCGAUUCAGGCUAUUGCGCUCAAAGAUGAAGCUCAGCAGAAGCAAAAUGAGCAGGCAGAAGCUUUUGCGGAAGAAAUUAACGCUAUCAAGAACGAAAACGCAAUGCUUGCUAACAUGAUUGCGAAAAAGGAACUAGAUAUCGACAAGCUUCAUGAAAUGAUUGAUCGAAGAGAUUCAAUUUUGCGUCACAGAGAGGUGCAAAUGAUGAAAAUAACACAGCUAGAAAGUAAAAUUAAGAAUGAUAAAACGAAGCAUCAAUUCGAUAUUAACCGAGAGAAGUCUGAAAAGUACCAAGUUUUGAAAAAGUAUGAAAAUGAUAUUAACUUUUAUCAAAAGCUAGAGAAUGAGAAAAAAGAAAUGGAGAAUGAGUUGAAACGAAUGAAAGAUGAGGUUCGAUCUCUGAAAACCAAUGCAAGUCGAGAAAAGGUCCAAGAAUUAACAGAAGUCAAUCAAAAGUUACAAGAAAGAGUUAACUCGCUUUCAGAAGAGUUGAAGAAAUAUCAAAGCGAAUCAAGGACUUUAAAAAUCCAAGUAUCAAAUUUGAGGAGAUCCCAAGCUGAGAUGAAGCAACAAUAUUUGGCAAUUUUCAAUGCAAACCUUGAAGAAAAGAAGAAAAGAAAGGUCCAAGAAGAAGCAAAUAUGAGAGAACAAAUUGAAAAACAUUUCCAUGAAAAUGCUGAAAGAAAUCCACAAUUAGCAUCGUAUUACAAGAAAAAACUGAAAGAAAAAGAACGUGAAGUUGAAGAAUUAAACAAAAGGCUGAAGAGAAUGAUUCUUCACCAGAACAGAGAGUCACAAGCUGAAAAGAAUUUCCUGCAAGAAAAAACUCAACUCAUUGGAGAAUUGACUCAAUUAAGACGUCAGCUUCCAACAGUCAUUCCAAACGAUGACUUUUACAAUCCAUCUAGCCAAACUGCUCUUCAACAACGCAAUUUGCAACUCGAAGAAAAACUUCGUGACUAUGAAAAUCUUCAAGUUCUUUCCAAAUCCCAAACGAUUGCUUAUGAGAAGCUACUGUCAAAGAACAAUACUUCCAUGGAGGCUGAUAGAUCAUUUACAGAAUCAUCCACAACAGAUUUGCAAACUACACCCGUAAAUUCCUUAUUACCUACCUCUCUACCUGAAUAUACAUCUACUAGACCUUUUUCAGCAACGUAUGGUUCCAACAAGAAAAAAGUUCCACCGUUGCCUCCUCCAGGAUCGCGGCCACUCUCAGCAGGACCUCGACGACCAGCAAGUGCUCGAAUAGGCAUGUCCAAAACUCUUGGAACGAUUGGAUACUUGGUGAAUUGA